UUCAACCUUCAAAUGUAUGCAUCCUAUUGAAGCACGUCCUCAGACCUCAGCCCCCACCUCUGUACAAACAAUAAACACCUACCUAUACACAUUCUCAAGCAUGCUCUGAACUUGAAAACCCAAUUCAUUUCAUUUACAAUGAAGAACACUCAUAUAUCCAAAUCUCUCAAUCUUCUCUAUUCAAUCCCCUCUGAUGACAACAACAUUGAUGAUUUCAAUCCACUCUUUUCUCACCUAAAUUCAACCCUUUUAUCUUCUCAUACAAACCCUAACCAACCCAUUUCAAAAUCCAACAAAAUUCUCAAACCCCAUCUCAAAUUCGGCUCAACUUCCAUCUCCGUAGAGACCCAAACCACAAAUCUUGAAAAACCCAUUUCUCAGAAUUGGAUAAGAACAGGUAGCAAGGACGUACCAGUUGUUUUCAAGAAUCUCUCUGUUUUGGAAAGGGCUCUUAUUGGUGCUGGUGGCGGAGGGAUUGCUGGGGCAUUUACUUAUGUAUGUCUUCAUCCACUUGAUACUAUUAAAACUAAGUUACAAGCAAAAGGGGCUAAAGAUAUGUAUAAUGGCACAUUUGAUGCAAUUGCUAAAACUUUUCAAAGCAAAGGGAUUUUGGGGUUUUAUAGCGGGGUUUCUGCGGUAAUUGUUGGGUCUACAUUUUCAUCUGCGAUGUAUUUUGGUACUUGUGAGUUUGGGAAGUCUAUUUUGUCGAAAUUUGAUUAUCCAACUGUGCUUAUUCCUCCAACUGCUGGGGCAAUGGGGAAUAUUAUAUCAUCGGCUAUUAUGGUGCCUAAAGAAUUGAUUACACAACGAAUGCAAACUGGGGCCAAGGGAAGGUCUUGGGAGGUUUUGUUGAGAAUUCUAGAGAAAGAUGGGUUUUUGGGUUUGUAUGCUGGUUAUUCUGCUACAUUGUUGAGGAAUUUGCCUGCAGGUGUGUUGAGUUAUUCGUCGUUUGAGUACUUGAAAGCUGCAGUUUUAAGUAAAACAAACCAGACGAACUUGAACCCGUUACAGAGUGUUAUAUGUGGAGCUUUAGCUGGUGCUACCUCAGCUACGUUGACGACACCGUUGGAUGUUGUUAAGACUCGACUGAUGACUCAGGUUCAUAGAGAUACUGCUGCCGGAGUUUCGGCUACUGUGAAACAGAUUUUAAGGGAUGAAGGCUGGGUUGGUUUUACUCAUGGAAUGGGGCCUAGAGUUAUCCACAGCGCUUGCUUUUCAGCUUUAGGGUACUUUGCCUUUGAGACAGCUAGGCUUGCAAUUUUGCAUCAAUAUCUCAGUCAGAAGCAGCUUCGAGAAGAUAAUCUUGACCUAGCUGUUCCACAUAAGUGAAGUGGCUGUGAUCUCAUGUUGCUACGCCCUGUAACCAUGUUGAGCUGGAAUAUUGUCAGUCAUUGCCCUUAUUCCAUUUUUAAUUCAGUAUUAUGACAAUUGCAUUCAGUUUCUUUUUAUCGAGUCUUGCAGUAUUUUAGUUGUCAGAGACAUGAGCCUCUAUGAUGGCAAUUUUUCCUUGUAGUGCUUUCCAGUGUAUACAAUUUCACUUAAUGGUAAAUAGAGGUUGUUCAGGAUAUGCAAGCAUGAAUGAAGAUAAUGUUUUAUAUGUCAUGAUCAAGAUGGCUCAAGAUUAUUUUUUUUC